AUGGGCUGCAGUACUUCCAACACGGUUGAUGAAGUGCAGCCAUCAAACAAGGAGUUGCAGAGCGGCCAGGAAACCAAGACCCGGGAGCGGAAAAGGCAAGAGUCAUCACAAAUUCUUGAGGAGCUUAAAAUGCAGGGAAUCAUUAAGGGCCAAAGCACACCUUUUGGAAAUGAAGAAGCACCUGAUAACAUGAGAGAAGCCCUACUAAGAAAACCACCAGCCAGGCUGGAAAAGCUUGAUAUCAAAAUAAAAGAAGUGAAUGAUCUGACCCUGGAGGACAUUCAGAAUUCUGCUGAAGAGAAAGAAAAGACUGCAGAACAACUGAACCAAAGACUACAGAGUGAGAGAUUUUCUCCAGCAACUGCUCACCAAAACAUAACUCAGCUAAAUGAAUCCUGUUAUUUAACCGCAGAAGGUGGAAACGGGACCAACAGUAGUGAGCCUUUAUCAUUAGAUCCAGAGGACGAAGAAUCUGCAGUAGAAAUUGUAAAUGGCAAUUUUGAAGACUUUGCUGUUGUGGAGUCAGAUACAACUUAUAACUGUUCAAUUGAAGCAUUCUAAAAAAGAAAAAAAAAAGUUUAUUUCAAAUACAUUCAGCUCUUGAAACAGAGGACUGAGGAUUGCUUAAUGAAAAGAUGGUGGGGGGAACCCCAACAGAAACAAAACAAAAAGAAGGAAGAACUUCUUCACAGUUAGAGUGACCAAGGUCUGGAACGGGCUCCCAAGGGAGGUGGUGCUCUCCCCUACCCUGGGGGUCUUCAAGAGGAGGUUGGAUAUGCAUCUAGCUGGGGUCAUCUAGACCUAGCACUCUUUCCUGCCUAUGCAGGGGGUUGGACUCGAUGAUCUAUUGAGGUCCUUUCCAACCCUAACAUCUAUAAAUCUAUGAAAAAACACAUUUCUUCAGUUUAAUGUGCUGGGAUAGCUGCACUGUUCCCUUUUAACCGCAUAAACCAAACCUUCCUUUGGUACACAGGUAUGGCAUUUCCUUAAUUUCUGCCAUGAAGAGAAGACAAACAUUACAGGAUCUGCUUCAAGACAAUCUGUUAUGAGACCCUGCUUCUUUCUCAAUCUCCCUGCUCUUGAUUAAGACAGCUGGCCACCUUAGCAGUCAGCACCUCAGUGAAGCGUACAGUCAGCAUCCCCAACCUUGUUCUAAGAUCAAACACUAAUCACCAUUCAGUAUUAGCCAAGACCAGCAACCUAGAUCCUGCCACAUGCCCUGUGCUAAAGCCUCGCACUGAAGAACCUGAUGUGGGGUAGGGUAGGCUGCUACUGUUCAUGAUGAUGAUGAUGAUGAAAUGAUACGUGCUGUCGGUACUUACUGAGUAGAUAUCCACAGAUUCUUCACCUGGUUAUCAGGGCCAAACUCCCUUCCACCUUUUUUCUUGGACAUACAUCCUUGUGCAAGAUCCUCCCUGCAGCUCUCCCUCUUAAAAACUUGCUGGAGUUUUUUUCCCCCUCAGUAGCUAAUUAGUCACAGGUUGAAGCUAAGCCAGGAGUGGGCAAUUAUUUUGGGCAGAGGGCCGCUUACUGAGUUUCAGCAAGCCAUAGAGAGCUCUAUGACAGGCAGCCCAGGGCAGAUUAAUAUUAAUUUUCAAAUUUUUUUAGGGGCCCUGCGGGCCAGAUAGAAUGGCCUGGCAGGCCACAUCUGGUCCCUGGGCUGCAUUUUGCCCCUUAAAGGGCCAUCAAUUCUCCCCUGUGACAACAGGCUUACAACCCAAUUUUAAUUGUGACAAAAUAGGAUCAUCAUGACCCAAGUCCUUACAGCACAGCUUUGAUGUUUUCAUUAAAGUUACAUUUUAAACUAGCUGGCUUCUUUGAAGGUUACCUGCAAGGAUUUCAGUGAGAAGUUGGUGGCUUGGCAAACAGAUGUAAAAGGAAGUCAACACAUUAGGGCAAUAUGGAAACAUGGAGGAAGGAGCCAGAAACUAAAGGACAAAAGUUAUGGCUAAGAGAGCUCUAGGUUAGUCCAAUUGAAUGGGAGAAAAGGCCAGACUAGGUUAGAGCCCUGAUAAGCAAGAUGUUUGAACUUGAGGUGCAGGAUGUGGGGGAGGUGGGGAUGGUCCAGAGAAGGGAUUUGGAUGGUAGGCAUACCAUGGCUUGAAGCACAGAAGAUGGUUUGGGGGCAGAACCCUGCCCAGACUGGAGGGAAGCAGUGUGAGUGUGAAGAGCAUUAGAAAGAGGCUUCUUGGGUUUGGGGAUAGUUAGGGCACAGAUAAGUAAUCUAGCUGCUGCCAUGAGAAGGAGAGAGGAACAUUGUUCCAUUUUUAUUGCAUCUGGUAGUGGAGGGAGGUUUGGUACUCACCUGAAGAAGCAGUAUUGCCCAAUUCAAGAAAUUCACAAAUGUGAA